AUGGCCGCCGCGGGUCCCGGGCUCUACUCGGAGAUCGGGAAGAAGGCCAGAGAUCUCCUGUACAAGGACUACCACACGGACCAGAAGUUCACGCUCACCACCUACGCCGCCAACGGAGCUGCCAUUACUGCUGCAAGCACGAGGAAAGAUGAAGCUAUCAUUAAUGAAAUCCAGAGCCAGCUGAAGCACAACAAUGUGACUGUGGAUGUGAAAGCAACUUCAGAAUCAAAUUUGAUAACUACAAUCACAGUUCACGAGCUGGGCACACCAGGCCUGAAGGGAAUUUUAUGCAUUCCUUUCCCAUAUCAGAAAUCUGCAAAGGCUGAACUCCAGUACUUGCACCACCAUGCUGGCGUUGCUGCAAGUGUUGGCCUAAGUGCAAACCCUGUUGUUAACCUUUCUGGUGUAUUCGGAACUAAAACUAUUGCUGUUGGCGCUGAUGCUUCCUAUGAUACUUCAUCUGGGGACUUGACCAAAUACAAUGCUGGACUGAGCUACACUACUUCUGACUUUGUUGCUGCAGCGACUCUGAACCAAAAAGGAGACAACAUUGCUGCUUCCUACUACCACUUGGUGAGUCCAACCACAGCUGUUGGAGGAGAGCUGAGCCACAGCUUCUCGACCAACGCGAACACCAUCACCUUUGGGACGCAGCAUGCCCUGGACCCUCUGACCACUGUGAAGGCACGCUUCAACAACUAUGGCAUGGCAAGCGGACUGAUCCAACACGAGUGGAGGCCCAAGUCAUUGGUCACCCUCUCCGCAGAGGUGGACACCAAGGCAAUUGAGAAGAGCUCCAAGGUUGGGCUCUCCCUGGUCCUCAAGCCCUGA